AUGACUUUAACACAAGUGACAAUAGUGCCGUUUUAUACAUGUUUAUUCGUAUUAUAUUACUUGGUGUUAUCCAGACGAGUUAUCCUAUUGAGACGCAAAUAUAGGGUUCCUCUUAGUAAUGGGACGGUCGAAUAUUUAUCAUACAUCGAAUUGGAACGGGAGAAAGCUGGUUUAAUCAGUUAUGAGCCUAAAAUCAGUAGUCGUAACUUGGAUGAGCCAAAAUUUCUCGAGCUCCAACGCACUAUUCGGACGCAUGCCAAUUUUUCCGAAUAUAUCCCAAUAACGUUAUUGUUACUGUUUUUCAUCGAGAUAAAUCGUUAUUUAUCGCCUCAAAUCAUUCAUAUCACUUGCCUGUUUUCUUUGUUAGCAAGGCUGAUUCAUGCGGAACUUGCAUUUGCGCAUGGGAUGGCUGUAAAUACUUGGCGUAUUAUCGGAAUCUCGAUAACUUAUGCUACACUUCUAUUCGCAGCUUUAGUCAACGGAUAUAAUUUUUGGGUUACAUGA